GGCCUCCAGUCCAUCAAACAGGAACUCUAUACCCUCCAGAAGCUGAAACACCCGCACAUUAUCCAACUCCUCGACCACUUCAUGCUCGUGGAGAGCGAUCCUAAGAGGAAGUCCCGACACAAACGCAUCUCUCUGUAUAUAUUCAUGCAUUUUGCCCCCAAAGGCACUCUCUAUGAUCUGCUCCAUAAGGAGGGACCGUUUGACGAGAAGGACUCCCGGUAUUGGUUCGCGCAGAUGUUGAGUGCAAUGGUCUACAUGCAUAACAAACGUAUAGCGCACCGGGACCUCAAACUGCAGAACGUGUUGCUCGACGUCAACCACGACUGUCUUAUCUCGGACUUCGGGUUAUGCAAAGUGUACGCCGAGACGGAGGAGCGCAUCGGUAUCGAGGCGUUUGAGGCGAAGACCUUCUGCGGGACCACCGCUUAUAUGCCGCCCGAAAUGCUAGACAGAAAACGGGACAAUAAGUCGAAAUAUAAGUACAACCCUUUCAUGGCGGACGUGUGGGCUUUGGGAGUCAUACUCUUCCAACUGUUCACCAGCGAACAGCCCUUCCCGUCGACCAACAAAAUGAGGGUCGGAAAAGUGGUUCGUCUCAUGCAUAAGAAGGCGUACGUCUGGGGCGGACGGGGCGGACACCAUCCCACUCCUCUGCUCGAAAUGAUCGUGAAGUUGAUGUUAGACCCGAACGUCAAGAGUAGGGCCACAAUGAAAUCGUUGACAGAAAAUCCGUGGGUUAUCGACACAUAUAAAAUAGUUGAGCAAAAGUGUGCGGACCUAAUGAGGGCGCAGACAGAUAAGAAUAAGAGCGGACAGACCCCCAGUGGACAGGUGUCUAAGCGAGUGCCAGACAACGAGAAACUUAAUAAGAGACCCAAAGAGGAGCCAAAGGCCGCCGUAAGUCCUAAAGACAAAAACAAUAUGAGAGUGGAGUCAACCGGUUCCGGAUAUUAUCAGGAACUCAUUAAAGGGCAGCAAAAGGUUAGGUCUGUCUCACAAUAUAAAGGCCCGAAUACGCCCAAUAAUAUUCAUUGA